UUUAUGACUGAAAAGUGAGAUAUAAAUAUUAAGAAUAUAUAUAUUUUAAUUCAACAGUAUAGAUAUAAAUGUUUACAAUUUGUUUUUUAAUAUUGCCAGUCCUUUUACUACAAAUACUACGAAUUUUACUACAUUUUACUACACAACACUAGUAAUUAAUAAACGAGUGUGUAGUUGAUUGAUUUUUUUUUCUGUUUACCUCAAAAAUAGGGGAUUGGUAUGGGAUAUAACUGGAUAAAUUAUUAAUAAUAUAAAUAUAAAUAAAAUAUGAUGAUGAGUUUUUAUGAUAAACUUGUCGAUGAACAGUGAUUGUGAUUUAUUUUAUUAAAUAUAUUUAUUGGAUAAUAAAAUAAUAAAUAUAUAAUAUAAUGCAGUCUGUAAGGUAUAGAUGAAAUAAUAAUAUGGAGUUGAAAGUUUGGGUUGAAGGAAUUCAGCGGAUUGUUUGUGGUGUCACUGAGACAACUACGUGCCAGGAUGUAGUUUAUGCACUUGCUCAUGCCACAGCGCAGUCUGGAAGAUUUACUCUGGUUGAACGUUGGCGUAAUAAUGAACGUUUUUUGGCACCAUUCGAAAAUCCUCUUACGAUAUUGAUGAAAUGGGGGGAAUAUGCACCAGAUGUUCAAUUAAUUCUUCGUCGAUCAAAUUCCGAAAGCAAUAAAACUCAACAAAGUGGAUUGAAUCGAACUGCCCAUAAUACACGCGCUAAUGGAGUAUUAAAUUCAGCAGUUGAUCAAUUCGUUAAUAAUAGAAGUCACGAUAGUAGUAAUAAUAAUAAUAUUAAUAACAAUAAUAGCAAUAGUAAUAAUAGUAAAAAUAAUAAUAAUAAUAGUAAUAAUAGUAAUAAUAACAAUAAUGGACACUCAACGUCUGAGUCUCAUGAAUCACCGGAAGUGCUCAAGAGGAAUCGGGAUAUACGAAAAUCCCUUACGUUUAGUGGAUUACAUGGAACAGCAUCUGAUAAUUCUGAGGUACAACUGGAAAAUAUUGCUGUUGUACAACCAACAAUGCAAACAAAAGUACAGUCGAGAAAAGCUGCGUAUAAAAGUAAUGAGUCACCUACUAGAGCUUCGAGUAGUGAAGGAUUUAUAAGUUUAACGCAUAAAAAAACUCGAGAAGUACCCCCAUAUCGUGAUCCUCCAGGUCCUGAUUCAUCGCCAUUGAGGACAUUACCCCCUUAUCGUGAUCCACCACCACCAAUAGUGACUAAUAGCGUAAAAUCACAGUCUCAAGAAAGUUCGACUAGUGAAAAUUUCAGUCUUUCCAAAGAAGAACAAUCUUCGGCUACUAGUUCGAUUAAAUCAAAACGUAGCCAGGAGAUGCAAGAUACUAAGGGAUUAAUGCAAUCCGGUAGGCCGAAACUAAGUCAACCGCAAAAUAUGGUAGCUGUGGCUUAUACUCAUCGUUAUGCUGAACUCAUAAAACUAGUCAAUAACCAACGCGAUACUCUUAAUUCACAACAAGUUGAUCUCACCAAAUUAAAUGCUGAAAUUUUGUAUUGGGAGAGUAAAAAUAGAGAGCAUUACAAUCAAAUGGAUUUUAUAUCACAAGAAAUAAAUCGUAUUGAAUCAGCUGGGCGUAUUUUGGAAGAACAGUUAAAUGAAUUAAUGCACACUGAAGAAGAAAGUGAAAUCGUAAGACAACAAGAAAAAACAUUAAAGUCAGAGAUAACGUUACUUCGAUCGAAGCUUGCAAAUUGUGAAACCGAGUUACUACAGUGUAAAAAUAAAAUAAGAUUGUUAAUGGAAGAACUAACAUUAGAACAACAUAACAUAAAUCGUGAAACUGAAGAACGUACAGUUAUAGAAAGAAAAAUAGUUAAUGAUGUUGAAAGAUUGCAAAGUGAACUUGAACAAGCUAAACGUUUAACAGACCAUACAAAUCAUUCGGCUGAUUUACUGAAACAAGAAGUUACGAAUAUUGAAUCAGCAAUUGUAGAUAAAAAAUUGCAAGUUGAAAGAUUAGUGUCUGAAAUGAAAGAAGCUAAUUUACAGAGUUUGACUGUCGCAUGUCAAGAGGAACAAAUCAAAAAUUUAUUAGAAGGAACUCAAAAACCUAUUUGUACACGUAAACUUAUAGGACCACCAAGGCAACUGGAGAAUGCAGUGCCAACUAGUAAAAAUCCACAUGGCGUAUGGGUAUAGACGAUAAAUAAAAUGAAUUCACUAAUUAUCAAAUUAAAUGAAUAAAAAAAAAUUUAUAAAAAGAUUGCAUUUGCACUUUGUUGACGUAGUAGAUUUAAACUAAAAAAUUUUAAUGUAUAAUAUUUCACUUUAAUCGUAUUUGUUUAUUUAUAAAUUUAUUAUCGUUAAUAUUUGUUCACUUAGUCAUUAUUUUGAUUUUAUACUUAUAUAUAUAUAUAUAUAAAUAUAUAGUAAUAAUAAUAAUAAUAAUAAUUAUUAUUAUUAUUAUUAUUAGUAAUGAUUAUAGGAGAU